CAAUCCUUCUUAUAUCUUUACCCAUUUUUUCCAUCACAUAACAAGCACUCUCUGCCUCUUCACCAUUUUUUCAAUAUUGAAAAAAUGGCUACUGGAGCUGCUGGCGCUGACGGAAUUUUUCGUGGGAUAUUUGACGGAUGUAUCUCCGGUCACGAUACAGGGAUUCAACGUCGACCCUACCACAAGAACUGCACUUGUGAACUCCACAAAUCCAAAGGUAAUUGCUCUCAUUCUUCUCGUUGCGCCAACAUAUCGUACAAAAUUCGACGAUCUUGGAGCGAAAGUUGUCUCUCUUUGGUAGCAUCUUCUUCUGCUGGUUCCUCCUGUCAUUCAUCGACCUCCUCCUCUCCGGCCACCGGAGGAUUGGAUGUCUGUGGAAAGAAGAAUUUGGUCCGUUCCAAUACGGGAAGUGGUUAUGAAGAAAGUUGUCUCGCAUUGACCGCUAACAUUUCAACAGCUGGUUACUCCGGUCAUUCACUGACGUAUGCUGGUGGGAGGAAGAAUUUGGUCGAUUCCAGUACGGGAGGUGAUUAUGAUGAUGCCUGAUGGAGUUUUGUUUAAGGUGGUUACUUGAUAAGUAAUUAAUUUUUUUUUUCUUCUAAUGAUAUGAUUUAAUUUCUAAAAGUAGAUUUGCUUAUGAUGAUUUUGUAUAAUUUCUUGUAAACACGGAUUACAAAAAAUGUUUAUUUAUUUAUUAUUUAGUUAGGGUUUUUUGUGUUUUUAUUUUAUUUGAUAAUGAUGACGAUCGAUAAAUAAUGUGUUAUAGUGUAAUUUUACUAAUGAAGUUCAAGAAAGAUAAAGUGUAUGUAGGUCCACGCUUUCA